AUGCACAAAGAGGGACUAGGAGGUCCGUCAAUCUCCACCACUGACGAGAAGAUUCAGCAAGCUCGAGAGAUGGUAAUGCUGAACCGGCGAGUUAUGAGCGAUGGCGUAACUCGUUCUCUGCAGAUUAGCCAUGGUUCUGCUUAUCAAACCAUCCAUGAUGAGCUCGGACUCCAUAAAGUGUGUGCAAGAUGGGUGUCAAGAGAGCUUACUGCAGAGCACAAGCGCAAACGCCCCGAGGUCUGCCAAAGUUUACUCGAUCGCUACAACAAUGAAGGCGAGGAAUUUUUGAGAAGAAUAGACACAGGAGAUGCAACAUGGGCUCAUUAUUAUGAGGCAGAAUACAAAACACAGAGUACAGAGUGGAAGUCUCCUGGCUCGCCAGCGGCGAAGAAAUUCAAGACUCAGUCUCCCGCUGGAAAGGUGAUGCUAACCCUUUUUGGGAACUCAAAAGGGCCUUUACUGGAAGAUUACCUGGUAAAGGGGUGUACGACCAACAGUGCAUGA